UGAGAGGGUGAGGAGGAGAGGCCAGGAAGAGGAGAGGUGGAGUUCUUUUGUCUUGUCUGGGAUAAGGUGUGAAGCCUCAGAGAGAUCCUGCAGAGCGAAGCUGACAGCUGCUGCAACAGGAGUAUUAACAGUAUUGGUAUUCAGGGAGACAACAUAUUUGCAGUAUUUAUAGGCGGGAGAAUUAUAUUUGUAGCUGUUGUACUUGUAGUAACAGAGGGUCUAAAUGUACUUCUAAAAAUUAUUUGUAGUUUUUAGAUAGAUCUAUUUUGUGCAUUUACAGUCAACCUGAUUGUCAGUUGCUUCAGUUGUACAGAAUAGAGUAUAAGUAGAGUCCAGUAUGCAGGACUACGAGGAGUCACUGUCGUUCCUGGGGACCUGGGGCCCGUUCCAGAGGAGAGUCUUCGUCUUGCUCUGUCUCACCACCAUCCCAUGUGGAUACAACCUCCAGUGCGUCAACUUUCUGCUGGCUGUCCCCCCCCACCACUGCCACAUCCCCGCCCACAGCAACCUGAGCCAGGACUGGAUCCAGGCCAGCAUCCCAGUACAGCAGGUGGCUGGGCAACCGGAGAAGAGCAGAUGUAGCCGGUAUGAACUGGACCUGGUGCAGAACCUGUAUGUCUCGGGAAACAGAUCCAGCCUGGAUCUGGUCCACAACCUGACAAGUCCAGAGGUCCUCCUCUCCAGCCUGAAGCAGGAGGGCUGUAAAGAUGGAUGGACUUACAGCACUGAGCACUAUGAGUCUACUGUAGUCAGUGAGUUUAACCUGGUGUGCAGUGACCAGUGGAAACAGCCUCUGAGCUCUCUUAUGUACUUCCUGGGAGGACUGGUCGGAUGCUUCGUCUCUGGACAGAUCUCUGACCGGUUUGGCAGGAAGCCUGCACUGUUUGGUGCCAUCGCCACGCUGAGCAUCUUCAGCAGCGCUAUGGCCUUCGCUCCGUCGUGGCCCAUCUUCACCGUGCUCCUCUUCAUGAUGGGCAUGGGUCAAAUCACCUGCUUCAUAGUUGCAUUUGUACUGGGUUCAGAGAUCCUGUUCGGUUCAACCAGAGUUCUCUUCUCGAGCCUGUGCAUGCCUUGGACCUACGGGUUAGGUUUAAUUCUGCUGCCUGUCACUGCCUACCUGGUCAGGAGCUGGAGACACCUGUCACUGGCCUUGGCUGUGCCAGGCCUGGCCUGUAUCCCCCUCUGGUGGCUGAUUCCAGAGUCUCCUCGCUGGUUGGUUUCUCGCGGCCGUUUUCAGGAAGCAGAAAUCUUGCUGAGGUCGAUGGCUCUGGAGAACCGAGUGGAAGCUCCACAUGUCAUCUUCCCUUCAGCCAGCGUUGAAAAAGCAACAAGUGAGAAGGCAGAGUCCCUCAGCUUCCUGGACCUCCUGAGGACAGCAAACAUUCGACAUAUAACACUUAUUCUGUGGAUGAUGUGGUUUUCUUUCUCAGUAAGUUACUUUGGAUUGUCAUUCAACAUGUCUGGUCUCUAUGGCAACCCCUUCAUCAACUACUUCCUGGUGUCGGUUGUUGAGCUCCCAGCGUACGCUGCCAGCUGGCUGGCAACACGAAGUCUUCCUCGCCACUUGUCGUAUAUCAGCUUCACCCUGCUGGGGGCACUAGCUCUUCUCCUCAUCGCGGUCACUCUGAACAGCCAACCAGCUCUCACCCUGAUCCUGGCACUGCUGGGUAAAUUUGGCAUUCUGGCUGGCGCCGGGGUGUUGUAUGUGUACACUGGUGAGCUGUCUCCCACAGUCAUCAGGAGCACAGCAAUGAAUUCCUGUGCCAUGUUAGGCAGAGUGGGGUCCUCUGUUUGCCCAUACCUGCUGCAGCUAGGUUCAGGUGGCCAUGGGCCUCCACGCCUCCUCCAAAGGAUGACGGGAAAUCUGCUAAAGACCAGACUACUGCACCUGAGAUCAUCUGCACAACUUGCCUAUAAGACUCCUGACACACGGCAAAAAAACAAAACGACGGACGACACUAAAACUGCCAAAAGCACCAAAACUAUGUUCUAUUUUAUGAAUUACAUUUUAGACCUGUGAACACUGGGAGUGAUGCAUUCACUGGCAGUUAUGAAUAGUGACAACAGUUUAUUGUCUUUACAUACUGCAGGGACAGAUCGCUGUGCAACAGUGAAACAAAAAAGGAAACUAUUGCAAAGCUUCAUAGAAAAUAAGGAGUCACAGAAUGACUGGAAUUUUCUUUCAUUAAAAGUCAGUAGAACUUUCAAAUGGACGUUUAAAAUCAUACAGUAGUUUGCUUCACUUGCUGUAGAUCUAGUUUACUAUGUUUCCAAUGAUGGAUUGAAACAUUGGCACACUUGAGAUUAUAAACAUGACAUGAAUGUGACAAUCUCAGCAUAUACAGUAUAUGAAAGUGGAAAGAAAUAUAAAUCAUAAACAUGAACUUUUAAGGUGGAAGUUAAUUUGAAUGUGAAUUCUGAACAGACUCCAGGUGGUCAGAAGUAUUUUGCUCAUGUAGCAGCAACAGUAGCAGAGGUGCUAACAGUAGCAACGCUACAUUAUAAAAUUCAGAUUGGUAAUAUAAACUUGAAUUUUUAGUUGUGUAUAUAAAUUAAAGUAUAUAUAAAUAUUGAAUGUGAUGAAUGAAUUAGUAAAUCAAAAUGAAGUAAUUCA